GUCGAGCGCACCUCCUUUCAUCAACUCCUCAAGAAAAUCGGCGUCAACACCAUGGCCGUGCUCUCUUCUGCCGCAGAUGGUGGGACUGCCCAGAAAGUAGCGUCCCUGACGUGGAGCGAGGAGACGAUUGAAGUGGAGACGUGCGGCCGCAGCUACUGGUCAUUCUUGCAGCGCGCACGGGCAAUCGACAAUAAGCAGCUGGGGAACGUAAGCGCCUUCACCGUGGACGACGAAGUCGACGAAGAGGAGGUUAGCGAAGACGUGGACUUUCUCCUUCGGGACGAUCUCACGCCCGAGCUUGUCCCGGAGCUGACACACUACGAAAUCCUGGGUUUCGAGAAGUACGGCAACGGCGUUGGGGACGAGGGGCUGAAGAAGGCUUACCGCAAGGCCGUGCUCAAGUACCACCCCGACAAGACAGGGGUGCAGGACGGGGAAGAGGAUGAGGUGUUCAUGGCGGUACAGAAGGCGUUCGACACGUUGACGGACAUGACCAAGCGCCGCGCGUACGACUCCUCGCUCGAGUUCGACGACAGUAUCCCAGAUGAGCUGGAAGGGAAGGAAGUCAGCGGACCAACGAGCUUCUACAAGGUGUACGAGCCGGUCUUUGAGCGAAACAAGCGUUUCGCCGUAAUCCUGCCGGCACCGAGCCUCGGCGACGAUGACACCCCCAUCGAUGAGGUGAACAACUUCUACGAAUAUUGGGUGAACUUCGAGAGCUGGAGGGAUUUCUCGCUUGAGGGGGAGCACGAUGUUGAGGAUGCGCAUGACCGUUACGAGAAGCGCUGGAUGAUCAAGGAGAACGACCGCAAGUCCAAGGAGCUCAAGCGGAAGGAGGUGAAGCGCCUGGCGCUCCUGGUGGACAGAGCUAGGGCGGUCGACCCUCGCAUCAUCCGAGAACGAGUUAGAGAGAGGGAAGCCAAGAUUGCGGCCAAGGAAAACAAGGAGCGCGAGAAGCGAGAGCGAGAGCAGGCUAAGAUUCAGGCCGUGGAGGACGAGAAGAGGAGAAAGAAGGAGGAGGAGGAACGUCUGAGGGCCAUUUCCAGGCAGGCUAAGGCGGGCAGGGAAGCUCACAAGAAGGAGAUGCGCAGGCGAAAGAAGGUGAUGAAAAACCUAUACUCAUUGGCGGUAGCGCAGCUGACUGUCGGCGGUUCCGGUUCGGAGGCGGGGGUUACACCUGUGGGCGAAGAGGACAUGGAGUGGUUGAAGGAGAACCUGUUGCUGGACCAGCUUAACGCCGCCAUCUCAGCCUUGGGGACAGAGGAGGACAUCAAGGUCGAAGGGUUGGAUGUGAUGAAGGUGCUGAUGGAGCGGAGAAAGGCGGAGUUGAAGGAAGAGGAAGAGGCAGCGGAGGCCAAGCAGAGGACGGACAGAGAGGCGCUUGUUGCGGCGCAACUCAAGAUGGGGUCUGACCGUGAGUCACGCAAGCGGGCAUGGGAAGAAAAUGAGCUGUCGUCCCUCGCCAAAGCCAUCGUCAAGUUCCCCGCAGGGUCUCAAAACCGUUGGGAGCACAUCUCGCAGUUCAUCGCUCAGGCGACGCGCGCCAAGGAUCCCUUCAGCAAGGAGGACUGCAUCGCCAAGUACCAGCAGCUUCAUGCUGCUCCUGCAGGGCCUCAGAAGGUCGUGGCUCCAGCGGUCGCGGCUGCUUCCUCUUCGGCAAACGCCAGGUCUGCGCCGGAGCGACCCUCUCGCCGAGAACCUAGGGAGGACGUGUGGAGCCAAGCCCAGCAGCAGCAGCUCGAGACCGCGCUGGCCCGCUUCCCGAUGGGCAUGGAUAAGAACGAGAGGUGGGCUUCCAUCUCCGCCGCGGUUCCCGGCAAGAGCAAGAAACAGUGCGUCGAGCGCUUCAAGUUCGUCAAGACUCAACUUCUUGCCAAGAAGAAGGCGGAAAAGAAGGCGGCAGAGGCGGCCGCGGCAAAUGGGGGAACGGAGGCAACGGCCGCAAAAAAGUAGCGAUCCUGUUGUUGGUUGGAUCCAUUUGGA